ACUGGGAGCAUGGAGCUGUUGGGGUGUCCAUCCUGCCUGCACCCCCUGUGGCCCCCUGUGACUGCCCCCUGUGGGCACACGUUCUGUAAGAGGUGUCUGCAGGGAGCGGCCAGGUGCCAGGUGUGCAGGAGCCAGCUGAGGAUCCCGGAGGACCAGGAGCUGCCAUGUAACACCCUCCUCUCCCACCUGAUGGACAAGUGCCUGGACCCCCCCCCCACCAAACUCACCCGGAUCACCAGGGACCUCCACCAUCUCCUCGCCCAGCACCAGUAUGAAGAGGCUGGGAAGGUGGCCAGCAAGGCGGUUCUCCUGGCUCCUCAGGAUGUUCCUUUAAGAUUACUCCGCUCCCAGGUUUUUGUGCAUUUAAAACAGUUCCCAGAAUCCUUGCGAGAAGCAGAAGUGAUCUGUAAUUUGCAGCCUCAGGACCCAGAUGGUUUCUACAGAAAAGGAGUGGCUUUGCUCAACAUGGAAAAUAAAGAAGAGGCUCUCAUUAAUUUCCAGCAUUGCAUGAAUCUGAACCCACAAUUCCCUGAAGCCCGUCAGGGAAUUGAGCAGAUGCUGAAAGAUGUUGGUCGUCCCGUGCCUUCUUCUCUGGCUGAUCUACUAUAUGAGGUGUCUCAAUACUUGAAGUUGUCCUCUGUAGACACUACUGCUCUUGUAAUCCCCAUCCACAGCGGCAGUAUCGAUGUGAAGCUUGAAGACAAUGAGAAGACCUUCACAGAGCCCUCUAAUAAUGGACUGACAAAGUCAGCUGACAUCAACCAAGAGCAGAGAAAGAGGAAGGAGCCAGAUGUGCCAGCCCCACCAGAAAAGUACAGACUAAAUCAGGAAGAAGAUGGUUCUCAGAAAAUCUGCCCCUUUUCAUCUCUAAAAGACCUGCUGAGCCUUUCUGAUGUGGAAUGUUCCCUUUGUAUUCGGAUGUUUCUGGAGCCGGUCACCACCCCUUGUGGCCACACCUUCUGCAGGGAGUGCCUGUUACGCUGCCUGGACCAUCAGCCCUACUGCCCAUUGUGCAAGCAGAGCUUACGAGAGUACCUGAGGGUGGGUGGAUAUGCUGUCACUGCUCUUCUGGUGGACCUCAUUGAAACCAUAUUUCCUUCUGAGAUGGCUGACCGGAAGCAAAUCCAUCUUUCAGAGAUUGCUGAGUUGUCCAACCUAGUCAGCAAUGUGCCGAUCUUCGUGUGCACAGUGGCCUUUCCUGGAGUACCCUGUCCUCUCCAUGUUUUUGAACCACGUUAUCGCCUCAUGAUGCGUCGCUGCCUUGAAACUGGGACCAAAAGCUUUGGCAUGUGCCUUUAUGAGAGUGGGAAGAGCUUUGCAGACUAUGGCUGUAUGUUGGAGAUCUUGCACUUGGACUAUUUGCCUGAUGGCCGGUCACUGGUGGAGACAAUUGGCAGGAGACGUUUCCGUGUGCUGCAGAGAGGCCAAUUGGAUGGUUACCACAAAGCGGAGAUAGAGUACCUGUCCGAUAAGAAGGUGGAGGGAGAAGAGCUGGAGGAGCUGCAGAGAUUACAUGACAUGGUGUAUCAACAGCUGGAGGAAUGCUUCUCACAGCAGAGAGGGAGUCUGCCUAGACGUGUCUUCAUGCAUCACACCAGCCCACCUCCAAAGGAAGACAACAUCCAGGCAUCUCCAGAUGGUCCGUUCUGGUGUUGGUGGCUCUUGUCCGUCUUGCCCUUGGAUCCGACCUAUCAAACGCUAAUUAUUUCUAUGACUUCAUUAAAGGAGAGGCUUUUCCAUGUGAAGCACAUUUUAUCUGUCUUCCUCCAGAGUCGGUCUUAA